GGCGACAUCUCGGGAGGUAGGCAAGAGGAACCAGGCGGUUCUCCUUCCAUGGCGGUACCCCGACCUGUCGGAUCUUCAUCGUCAUCAGCCCGGCGGACAGACAGCGCGAAAGGCAGCAUGGUACACACGCAAGACUUUCCAUUACAUGAGAGUUGCUCUGCCUGCAGUUUUAGUCAUCUUGUGCGAGGGGGUGAGACACAUGUUGCCGACUGAUCUAGCAAGGCUUUUUUGCCAAUGUAUUCUUACCAUCGUCAUGGCCAUAGUGGCGUGGAUACCAUCACUAUUCCCUGGGCUGAAGCGGUUUCUGCCUCGGGUCACUUAUAUCUCCAUAGAACAGUAUCUAGAUGAGGGGCAUCCGGUGACUACAUUCCAUGAAACAUUGAACUUUCAGGUUUAUACCAGCGAUGGCCGGAACUUGUGGCAGGGAUUCAUUGAUGUCAUUCUGAAUGCCUAUGAUCAGAACAAGAGCUGGGCUGGCAACUUCCAGGAUGAGGAUCUUCGAAUAGGUGCAAAUGAGUAUAAGAUCGACAGGGAGGCAACCGAGGAUGCUACAUAUGAGAACCUCCUCCUGGAUCUUGCACAAAUUGCUAAUCUGUUGAUCAGACACUUCAUCACGGAAAACCAGUUCCCUCCUGGCUGUGUACAAGAGCUGUAUGCCUCGUUGACAGAACCUCUGAUGCCUGCUGUUCCAGUGCCUUCCCCUGUGGCUAUACAGAAAUUCCUUAAGUUCAUGAGGAACUACCCUGGACUAAAGCACCCAAGGAGAACAAGCACAUUUAUCAGCAAAGUAUUUCAGGCUGCCAGAGCCAUGGGGGCAGCUCAGUAUGCCAGUGUCAUGACAGCGGUAUCAAGGGUACAAGUGCCGCAAGACUGGAUGAAUGUGACUGAAGAAUUGGGAUAUCCACUGCUGAACCGUACGUUCUGGUUUGAUAGGUUGAAUCCUUACAACCAGAUGAAUCUAUAUAAUGAUGGUCCAGAUGAGUUGUUCCGGUUCUUGAGGAAUCUGUUUGAGCACGGUGGUGACUAUGAUCGAGAGGGCAGGCCUGGCGCAGUGGUGAAGUCCUCCCCACUUGUGCCAAGAGGUCCUGGGUUCGAACCAGCCUCUCUGCAUUGCACUUUGCAGGGACCAUGGAUCUGUCGUUGAUGCAGAGCGUCAACAGGGUGGAGGUUUGCCGCCCUAGCAGACUCGUGUGUUGUUGCCGCCGCAAUCCUUCUCUUUGUUGGAGUCUUCCUCCUCUGGAGAGAAAAAAAUUGGUCUCUUUGACACGCUUGGGAUCGACGGAUCGUUCAUGCCAUGGUUGGAUUUGAAUGGGGCAGUGUCUAUCCAAAAUUUGUUUGGUUGACUGGACAAUUUGUUUGUUUGGUUGUCUUAAUGUAACCCGAUUCGCAUAAUUUUGAAAACAUCAGCAAAGAUUUCAGUGGCUGGGAGUGUUUGCCAGAGUGGAAACGAAGCAUUUGCUGGAAGGAGCUCAAGAUUUCGCUAUUACCCUGCUGAUAGUUUUGUGAGCAACCAUGUUGACAAGCUGGCAUCUCUUUGUUCUAUUCUAUUGACUUCUUGUGGCAUUAUGUAUGAAGCCCUUUAAGCACAAACCUUUCGACGCAAGGACUGUCAUGGGAUUUGGAGUGCUCAAUGGCAUCUUAAUUGGACUUCUCAACCAGAGUCUAGGUUUCAACUCUGUUGGUUUCUAUCAGAGCAAGUCGAGCGCAUUAGUUGGAUCCAGCUUCUUGAUAUUGCAGAGGACUCGUCAAAAGAUAUACAGGGUUCUCGGCUGGCUGCGAAGAUUUGACAAGAGGCACAAGUAAAAUAGAUCAUCUCUUGUGACUCUCAAGAUAUGUAUCCAGAGGGCAAGUCAGGUCUCGAAAUGCUGACUGAAUAUUCCAUGGCCUUUGUUUUUCUUGCUAGGUGGAUUACUACUUCCUUGGAUAUUUUCAG